GGGGUCUCUGUCUCUCUCCGCAGCUGGCUGGCGGGGUCAUCCUCGGAGUGGCCCUAUGGCUGCGUCACGACAACGACACCAAGAGCCUGCUGGACCUGAAGCUGGAGGGUGAUGAGGCCCCCAACACCUUCUACAUCGGAGUGUACAUCCUCAUCGCGGUGGGGGCCGUCAUGAUGUUUGUGGGAUUCCUGGGCUGCUACGGUGCCAUACAGGAGUCCCAGUGCCUUCUGGGUACGUUCUUCGCAUGCCUGGUCAUCCUGUUCGCCUGCGAGGUGGCCGCUGGGAUCUGGGGAUUUAUUAACAAGGACCAGAUUUCCAAGGAGAUGAUUAAGUUCUACGAUACAGCUUAUGACAGGGCCACUCUCGACACCUUGGUUCAGGAGGAGAAGAAAGGGGCGAAAGAGGUGCUGAAGGUGUUUCACGAAACGCUGCAGUGCUGCGGUAAAGGCGCGGCGACAGCGUUUGUGGGCAUGGUUUUCUCCGACAUUUGUCCCAAAACAUCUGUACAGGACGUCAUCACAAAUGUGAACUGCCAUGACCGGAUCAGGGAGCUGUUCUCCACCAAGCUGUACCUGAUCGGGAUCGCCGCUCUGAUCGUGGCCGUGAUCAUGAUCUUCGAGAUGAUUUUCAGCAUGGUGCUCUGCUGCGGCAUCCGGAACAACUCUGUGUACUGAGCCCCGCAGCGAGAGAUGGGAGAGACAGGAGAGAUGCCUGCCUCCUCCAGAUGGCCUGUGUUCACCUAUGAAGAGAGUUUUUUUUUUUUUAAUGUUGUUCUGUUUUUUAUUUUCGGAUCACUUCUUACUGUAGUUGCUUGCCCAGUUAUUUCAGUCUUACUCAAUGAUUUGUUUGCAGAGGAGUUUUAUAAAGUCACGAUUAUAAUGUGUUACAGCAAAGGUCUGAAAUUCGGUCAUUCCCCUGGCCUAAGACAGCAUGUGAAAUCAGCGUAAUUUUAAAAACGUAUCUGGGAUUUGAACUGUAACAUACAGUAUAUACAUAAUGUGUGUAUGUGUUUAUUAUUUUAAGCCCUGCUUCUCGGCAGGACACCAGACAUUUAACCGUUUUUUAUGUUUUAUUUUCUAUGUAGAUAUCUAUACUGUAUAUAUUCGCAGUACAUUAUAUUUCACCAGUGUGGGCGCACUGUGGUUUGCCCCUGGGUUUUGGCGACCUGUUGUUCAGCUUCCUUGAAUUUCAUGUGGGGAAAGAGCUCUGUGCACUUGCAGAUCGCAUGCAGCCGAU